ACAAAUAGUGUGACUGUGUGACGCAAGGCCCAAGAAAAAUACAAGCCCACCCAAUCCUCUCUGUUCCACUACUCACGUUGAAUCGCCGCCGCGCACAGAUCCCUCUCGCACGCCGCCGCCGCCGCACUGCACCGCGAUUCAUACAGGGAAACUUAAAAUUAGUACGGUUCCUUUGAUUUUUCAGCUGUCAGAAGCUUGAAUUGAUUACAGUGAGUCAACUCAGGUUCAGAAAAGGUAUAAAAAAAAGGAGAAAUGACGAGCUAUCUGUGGAGGAAAUACGCAGACUAUGUGUACACGAAAUGGGAGAGGACGAUUCUCUGGGAUAUGAUUGAUCCUUACCGGCGGCCCAAAUCGUUCACUCCGUUGGUCACCAUCUACAUCUGUGCUUUUUAUACCGGUGUUGUAGGCGCUGCAAUCACCGAGCAGCUCCACAAGGAGAAAUAUUGGGAAACACACCCUGGGGAAUCUGUUCCUUUGAUGAAGCCAAUGUUUUAUCGAGGGCCUUGGAGGGUUAUGAGAGGUGACGUGCCUCCAUUCAUCAAGAACGAAUAGCUAAAAGCAGCCACCACUUAGCUAUGGGUGCUUGGUUAUCAUUUGUACAUUUCGAAGAUAUAUAUGCUUAUGCAUCGCCGUAUUUGUGGCUGCCUUUUCGAGAAAAAAUGCAAUAGUUUUUUUUUUCUUUUCUUAAUUCUUACUAGGAUAACUUCGACCCUUCAUGGGACGGACACCAUCUUUGCUGGUCUGUGUUUGCUUUUUUUGUUCUGCGUCUGGAUUGAAUAGUGAAUACUAGAAGCUUAUAUUUGUAACAUUCGAAAUUGAAUAGAUCUUCGGUCAAGCUCAACUAUCUUGGAAA